UCUCCGCUCUCUUCACUCUCUCUCUAAAUUCAUUCAAAUUUUUUUGUUUUAAAAAAAAUUAUAAAAAGAAAUCUAUAUUUUUACGUCUUGUCGUCCCUUCCCUUUCUCAUAGUUCCCAUCACAAAGCUUUACCAGUCGAUUGCUGCAGAACGACAUAUAUUCCCACCCUCUUCGUUUUAGUUAGUUAACUAACCGAAAAUUUUCUUUCCUUUUUUACCCUUCUUUUCUCUUCUAAUUUAUCUUCCACUGCCACUCACCAAACAAAAACCGCCAUGAUUUCAUGGAAGGAUCUUUACACCGUCUUAACGGCGGUUAUCCCUCUUUACGUCGCCAUGAUUUUGGCUUACGGUUCUGUUCGGUGGUGGAAGAUUUUCACUCCCGAUCAAUGCUCUGGAAUCAAUCGUUUUGUCGCCAUUUUCGCCGUUCCUCUUCUUUCCUUUCAUUUUAUAUCUUCUAAUGAUCCUUACGCUAUGAACUUCCGUUUCAUCGCUGCUGAUACACUUCAGAAGAUCAUUAUGUUGUUUUUUCUUGGGAUUUGGACUAAUUUCACUAAGAAUGGGAGUUUAGAAUGGAUGAUUACUAUUUUCUCUCUCUCCACCCUUCCGAAUACUCUGGUUAUGGGGAUUCCUCUGUUGAUUGCCAUGUACGGUGAGUACAGUGGGAGUCUGAUGGUACAGGUGGUGGUCUUGCAGUGUAUUAUUUGGUAUACGCUUUUGCUUUUUCUGUUUGAAUACCGUGGUGCGAAGAUUCUCAUUAUGGAGCAAUUUCCCGAGACGGCUGCUUCCAUUGUUUCCUUUAAAGUUGAUUCUGAUGUGGUUUCAUUAGAUGGUAGAGAUUUUCUUGAGACUGAUGCUGAGAUUGGAGACGACGGAAAGCUUCACGUGACAGUGAGGAAGUCCAAUGCUUCUCGUCGCUCUCUUGGACCUUGUUCACUUCCGGCAUUAACGCCUAGACCUUCUAAUCUCACUGGUGCCGAGAUUUAUAGCUUGAGUUCUUCUCGAAACCCUACUCCUCGAGGCUCCAAUUUCAACAAUUCCGAUUUCUAUUCUAUGAUGGGAUUUCAAGGUCGAUUGUCUAAUUUCGGACCUGGAGAUUUGUAUUCCGUUCAGUCCUCCAGAGGUCCCACUCCCCGGCCGUCAAAUUUUGAAGAGAACUCUGCCGUUCAGCCUCAAACUGCCUCUCCGAGGUUCGGGUUUUACCCGGCUCAAACUGUGCCCUCGUCUUACCCGGCUCCAAAUCCCGAAUUCACUAAAACUGCUAAAAUCCCUCAGCCACCGCCGCCUCCUCCGCCGCAGCAACCACAGCAACAACCGCAGAACGCUAAACCAAACCAUGACGCGAAGGAGCUUCACAUGUUUGUAUGGAGCUCUAGCGCUUCUCCAGUCUCUGAAGGCGCCGGUGGACUUCACAUUUUCGCCGGGAAUGAAGUAGCCGGAGCCGAGCAAUCUGGACGGUCCGAUCAAGGCGCCAAGGAGAUCCGGAUGCUCGUGGCUGAUCAUCCACAAAACGGGGAGAACAAAGAAAAUGAGGGCUAUGUAGGUGAAGCCUUUAGUUUCAGCGGCAAAGAAGGGGAGGAUGAAAGAGAUGAUCAGAAAGAAGGACCCACAGGCUCAACAGGAGAUCAACUCCACGGGAAAGUUUCCGCCGGCGCACCGGACGGCGUGAACUCAAAACUAAUGCCGCCGGCAAGCGUGAUGACCCGUUUGAUUCUAAUCAUGGUUUGGCGGAAACUGAUCAGAAAUCCGAACACGUAUUCAAGUCUGAUCGGAUUAAUUUGGUCACUCAUUUCAUUCCGGUGGCAUGUGGCCAUGCCUAAAAUAAUAGAGAAAUCGAUCUCCAUACUCUCUGAUGCAGGACUUGGAAUGGCUAUGUUUAGCUUAGGUAUAUUUAUGGGACUACAACCAAAGAUGAUAGCAUGUGGGAACUCUGUUGCUACUUUUGCCAUGGCUAUCAGAUUCCUAACUGGGCCAGCCGUUAUGGCUAUUGCUUCCAUCGCUAUUGGCUUACGCGGAACCCUCCUCCGCGUAGCUAUUGUUCAGGCGGCAUUGCCUCAAGGAAUUGUACCAUUCGUGUUCGCCAAAGAGUACAACGUCCAUCCAGCAAUUCUAAGCACCGGGGUUAUCUUUGGAAUGCUCAUAGCUCUCCCCAUUACUUUGCUCUACUAUGUUCUGCUGGGUCUGUAAAUUUCUCAAAUUCCUUCCAUAUUUCAUAAUGGUUUUGAGAAGAAAAUGAUGGUGACAACAACGACGAAGAUCAUAGGUUAUAUAUAGAAGAAGUUUGACGAAUGCUUAGAGAGAAGCCUCAAGUAUAAUGUUGGAAAAAUGUCGAAGUUUCAUCAACUUUGCAAAAGAUUUGAUAUGAAAAGAGCUGUGUUUUGAUCAUCUUCAUAUAUAAAA